CUUUCUUUGUACCAGAUCAGGCUAACUCAGAGGACACAGCAAGCGGGUUCAAGAGACAAGAAAGAACAACAUAUCCAUGGCAUUAAGGAUUUCAUACCAAGUCAUCGGUUCUCGAAACUUUUUACCGUCCCUUCAAUUAUUUCAUUCAAAAGAGGACGAUAAACCCAUAGAAGUUUACUGGGAGAGAACUAACACAGGCCAUUGGCCUUCGGUCCUCAAUACAUAAGUUUGAACCUAAAGGUAUGUAAACCCACCAAUAACUACCUGAUUGACUGGAAAGGCUAAACCGUCGCAUACCGUAGAUUGCUAGAGACCUAGGAAGAAGUGAGCCCAAAGAAACCAAUCAGUUUAUGUAAGCUCGCCACAAAUAUAUUGGAUACUUGAAAUUUGGUGUUCUAGUAACCGGCAAUAUUUUAAAUAAGUUGACAACGAAUAAUCCUGGACACUUCAUUCGCCGAACAGGAAUAUAUAAACAUCAUAUUACUCUCACAAACUACAAACACUUCAAAUUAGGUUGAUAAUCAGUACUAAAGAACCCUACAUGACAACAGGUCCUGAAAUUUCGAAGGGUUUAGAACAAUGGAAUACCGAUUCGGGAAAAAAUGCAAUUUUACAAUACGGAUUUGAACUUAUCAGUAAUACUGUGAAAGCUGAAUUAGUUCCGCAACUACUUCUGGAUUCUAUAAAGGAAAUUUAUCAAGAUAUUAAUUCUAAUCUUUCAAAUUUAGAUGCUAUCGCUUUUAAAGAAGAAUCAAAAAAUGGUACCACUCAACGUAUUACACCCAAAGUAAUCAUGUCUGAAUUAAGUAAAGUUAUUCAACCUGAAGAAUUCAGUCAAACAAGUGAUUUACACCAACCAAUUGUACAAAAGUUUGGUGAAAAAUUAAAUAACCGGGGAAAGAUUUGGUGUGCGAUUUCGGCAGAUAGAGCUGUUAAAAAUGCCUUAGCAUUUGACAUUCUUGAGAGUAUUUUACUAGGACUAAUAAAGUUUACGGUACCAAGAAUUAUUAGGUUUACAAUGGGAGAAGAAUUCGUUUUUAUCAUUAUUUUUGAACAAACAAUAAGUGAUACUAUCAAAGAGUUGACUACCAAUGAAUAUAAUCUUCAGCAUAAAAUCUUGCGGAUGAAUCGGCUAAAAAUGAUCGAUAAGGUAGCAAGAAAAAAGCCUGGUGAUGUACUCGUUUCAAUGGCUAUUGACUCAUUAUUAUCACUUUCAAUGCCUGGUCCAAUUACUGGUACAUAUACAAACAAUUCAAUUGAAGAGAAACUAUUAAAAACUUUAGUUUGUGACGUAUUGUUAAACCGAAUUUGUUCAGUUGAUGGAGCUACCAAUAGAGUUGGUGAAUGUUUGCCCUUGGCUACGUAUCACGACAUGAUAAGUGAGGAUAUAUUUUUUACAGAGGGAUUAGAAAUGUUGAAAUAUCACAUUGAUAACGACCUUGAAGAUAUUGAUCUCAUAGAAACUCAUCAAGAAACUAAGCCAGUUUUUAAUGCAUACGGAUAAUGUUUUCUAUGCUGAUACUGAUGCCGAUGAAGGAUAUUUGUUUGUUAACUAAGGAUUAGUUUUGUGACCCCUAUUUUCAUAACAAUCUGAAGUCAUCAUUGUGGAGUAUCCGUUAUUUUCGGAAAACUAAUUUUUAGAACAAAACUUUAAUCGUAUACACAGAAUUUCAGUGCUACCAGAUUUUUCCUCUAUAAAAUACAGUUUGUAAAAUAAUAGUAAUCAUAAAUUUGUUUAUAUUUUAUUUAAAGCAGUUUUCAGUGAAAUUUAUUCUUGCAUUUCACGAGUAAUAAUACCUUUGUAAUCAAUAGUAAGUUGUUUAUUGAAGAGUGAGAUUUUCUAGAGGGGGCGCGCAAUUGAGUUUGAUACCACGGUUCUCCUCCAUUGGCUGAUUUUCAAGCGGACCCCGAGGAGUUCUGUACGUAUAUGCACAUAUCCAUCGUUCGUUCUCGAGUAAAGUAGUAACGAAAAUUCUGCUUUCGUUAGUUUUCUCAUUUGUUGGGGGCUAGAUAGAGAGUCUUUAUUGUU